CGAUAUGCCCCGCAAUAUACCACCUAAUCCAGUUUGUUAUGAAGUGCCAGCGCCAUGUCUUGUACCCUUCAUUCUAGCGCUUGCAACAGAUGCUACGCCGAACGGCAUUGCAGAGCUUCAUGCAGCAAAAGCAGAGUUCAUGGAUCCAUACAGAAGCCUUUCAUUCAAACUCCGCGGGGAACGACGCCGCUCACAGCGGGGCUUUCACAGCUGGGAGCUUUUCAUCAAGCGACCACGCAAGGCCGCUCGUCGUGGGUAUGUCGAGCAGGAGCCAUAGACGGCAUGCCCGCAUGGACUCUGGACCAAAUUGCGGGACUAGUGUUUGGGGCUGUGAUGGUGGCAUUUGUGGCAGGCUCCCGCCAGGUGGACGUGUGGGUGGCUCGCGCGCAGCGGCGGCAGCUGGGGCUGUGUGAGGAGUGCGGCGGCGUGUACGAGCCCGGGAGCUGUGCUCAGGGCAACUGCCCAGCCAAGAAGCAACAGCGGCUGCUGUAGUAACAGCGGUAGCGGUGGGGAGCAGGAGAGAACCGCAGCGGUGGCAGGGAGUGCAGGGGCGGCUGCGGCUGUAGCAGUAGCAGUAGGGAUGGAGCCUUGCAGGAGGGCUGAAGUGAUUGCGUGAAAUGUGUAUUUGAGUAAUGUAUGGUGUGUAUAGCUAGGGCGACGGGAACGUUGUGCAACGGCCGUUUUGGCCUGAAGGAGGGAGGGGCCCAGCCAAGGCUGGGGGCAUUGAUUGUUCGCCCAUGACGGCUAUGAGACGAUAGGAGCGCGUGAGGAUAAACUAACUUUUCGGUACGUGUUGCAGCGAGGGGAAGCACGCAUGGUAAAGAAGUUGCGAAGAACACCCUUGCUGCCGCUCUUGUUAUGUGUCCGGGCUAGGGCCGCAGCGUACCGAACACCCUUGCUGCCGCUCUUGUUAUGUGUCCGGGCUAGGGCCGCUGGCCCACUUCCGCGGAGCCAUUGUUGAUAAUGCUGCACAAUGCCGGGCACUAAGAACCCCUGGAAGAGGUUUAUCGUGAGGUCGUUUCAGGCUUUGAGCUUUCACGACCGGUUUGUACGGACUACAGUAAGGCGUCCAUGAGGUACCGGAGUGGAAUAGUUGCAAGGAAUAAUGCUGAUUUCAUGGGCCAUUUAUUUACACGCUACUAGGGUUACAGGCGCAAAAGCGCGUUGACACGUCGGG